GGAAGGAGUGCUUGGUCUUCUGGGCGGCUUCCGCUCGCUCUCCAGUCAACAAGGAGGCCUUCCACGGAGGGAGGCGUUGCUCGAGUAAUUACUGACUGGCCUCCUUGUCGGCGGAGCAUGUCGUGGGCGAGGGCCUUGCUGGAGCCCCGCGGCAGCGGCGAGGACGUCUUCGACGAAGAGGCGGACGAGCUGGACGUGGUUCAGAAGGAGUGGAAGAGCGCCAUGGAGAGCCGCGUCAAAGAAGGCUAUAGGGAAGGAAUUGAAGCUGGGAAAGAGGCGACACUUCAACAGGGUUUUAACCAGGGAUAUAAAGAAGCCAUUAGGAUGAUGUUCUCAUGUGGUCAGCUGAAAGGAACCUUAAGUGCUCUCUCAUCUUGGUGUCAACACAGCGAAUGUCAUUCUGCCAUGCUGAAUGAGGUGACUUAUCUGCUAAAUGAAUUAGGAAAAUAUGAAGAGCAUGUGCUUAACGAUCUUAACUGUACGCAACCACAGCCCCAUGUUGGAGACUUGCAAGAUACUAUUGAGGCUAUGGAUCUUGGUCAUUCAUGCAAUGGAACUACAAAUGAGACUGUCUCUGAAAAUGACACUGCAUUUAAUGGACAUCAUCAGGGGCACAGUAGUGGGACUUGUUCUAUCCAGAAUGGAUGCUGUCAAAGAACAAAAGAGGGCAAAGACUCCAGGAGGCAAACUUUGACUCGGCUAAAAGAAAAAACAAUCAGUUUAGUGGAGCAGUUAGGUUUGAACCCUGACACAAUUGAGCACAUCCACCUGUUACAAACUUAGUUCACUGCUUGACAUAAGACGUAUGAAUAAAUCCUUUUUGUGUUGGAAUGCAACCACUUCAUCAAUUUGUUGCUGGACAGCAGAGAUCCCGUCUUCAAUAAAGUGUCAUGUAAUAUUCA